AUGGUUAACACAGACACUCUAAUAUCGUUGCAGAUCAUCCAGCCCGACACCCACCCGAACACUUUCAACCAAGGUCCGGGAUCAUCGGCACCGAAAGAGUCGCUAUCUCUGUUUGGGCUGUUCCAAACCCACGCCAGAUGUCCACAAGGAAAGGCUGAGCUCCGAAGGAUCUUCCUUCGUCCGAGCUUGGACAGCCAGGAGAUCAUUGAUCGUCUGGACUUCAUCUCAGUCUUUAUGCGGCCCGAAAAUCAAGCAUCCUGCGCAGCCUUGAGCAAAAGCUUGAGUAAAGUGAAGAACAUGAGAACAGUCAUGGCUCUGCUCCAUAAAGGGGUCGAUGGUGGCAAGCAAACCCAGAACGUUUUCACAGGUGGAGUGUGGGCAUCUCUGCUCGCCUUUACGUACCACACCAUCGACAUGGCUGAUGCCUUGAUGGACGUGCUUGGAUCUUCCCAACUACCUCUCGUCGUCCAGGCCCUGAGAGUCCUUGACCGAGCACGUUUGCAUGUAAUUGGGAAGAAGGUCCACGACGUGGUCGACCUUGAGGGUUCGGCUGACCAACAUCGAACUGUAGUGAAGCACGGGGUGAACCAGGAUUUAGACGAGAUCAAGAGCUUUUAUGACGGCAUGGAAGACAUCCUCUCCAUAAAAGCCAUCGAAAUUGCCAGGGCCAUACCACCAGACCUUAAUCCACCACUGAAUGUGGUGUACUUUCCUCACCUCGGCUUCCACCUGACUGUUCCCCGCGACACCGUCACGGGCAACCCUAUUUACUGCGGCGACGAACUCGGAUGGAAACAAAUGUUUUCCACACCGGCUCAGGCAUAUUUCAAAGACCACAACAUGGUUGAGAUGGACCACGACUUAGGCGACCUAUAUGCCGCAAUUUGCGACCUUGAGAUUGAAAUCAGCUAUAAUCUUGCCCAGACGGUCUUAGAGGAUGAGACGCUCCUCGUGACAACAUCGGAUAUUUGUGGCAGCUUAGACUGCCUCCUUGCCCUAACUCACGUGGCCAUUCAAUAUAAACUUACUCGGCCUGUGUUGGUCGAUGAAAAUGUUGUUGAAAUCAGAGGCGGAAGACACCUGUUGUAUGAGCUGACGGUACCAUCUUUUGUUCCCAACGACACCCUCCUGCGGGGAGGAUCGGGACAUGAAGAGGAUGCCCAGAGAACUGAGAAAAGCCCAAAUAUGAUACUGCUGACCGGUCCCAAUUACUCGGGCAAGUCUGUCUACCAAAAGCAGGUGGCUUUGACGGUGUACAUGGCCCAGGUGGGUUCCUUUGUGCCAGCCGAGGCUGCCAUUCUUGGGAUCACAGACAAGAUCUUCACGCGAAUCACAACCCGCGAAUCAGUGUCUAGGACACAGUCAGCAUUCAUGAUUGACAUGCAACAGAUGGCAAUUGCAUUGAAUUCUUGCACUCAUCGAACCCUCGUGGUAAUUGACGAACUGGGCAAAGGAACCGACGCGUGUGAUGGCGUGGGGUUGGCUAUAGGUGUUCUCAACCACCUUCAGGGGCUGGGAUCUUCGAUGCCAAAGGCUAUCAUGGCCACGCACUUUCACGAGAUCUUUGACAUGGUUUGCUUAGGAGCUAUGGAGCAUCUGUCACCGAUGCAGAUGGAAGUCAAAGUGCGUACCGGCCGGCCAGGACAUGACUUUGGCACACGAGAUACGGUAGCUGCAAAGAACUCUGAUCAGCACGGCAGUGAGGUAACGUAUCUGUACAACCUUCGACCCGGACGCAGCGUUGCGUCGUACGGCAUCCAGUGUGCAGCCAUGAACGGCAUCUCGCCUGGAAUAGUGGAGCGAGCAUGUCAGCUUGCACGACUGGCAGAAGGUGGAGAAGAUUUAGUGUUGACCUGUUCGGCAUUGAGCGCUAGUGAAGAGGGAGAAUUGGAAAUUGCGGAGGACACUGCUAGACAAUUCCUCGCAUGGGACCUCGACGCCCGAGGAGAAGGUAGACACGACCAACUUGUCUCCAUCUUAGAGGAGUCAUUGGGCAUUGUGAGUGAAGAGGCGAGUGAUACGAAUGUGACUAGGCUGAGUGCUUGA